UCAUGCUGCUGCCAGGUCCAGAGUCUCUCAUGGGUCCCUGUACGGCCUCCCAUUGCUGCUGUCUCCAUCGCCACACUCUGCCAUGUGCCACUUUCAGGUCUCCUCACACUGCUGGUGGGUUCCAUUUUGUCAUAGGGUGCUGGCAGAUUACGGGCCUCCCAUUGCUGCUGCCAGGCCCGUAAUCUGCCAUGGGCCCCCGUACCGCCUCCUCAUGCUGCUGCCAGGUCCAGAGUCUCUCAUGGGUCCCUGUACGGCCUCCCAUUGCUGCUGUCUCCAUCGCCACACUCUG